AUGGCAACCCAGCUAACCCACCUCCCCGAGGUUGAGCGCCUCAGCCCGGCGUGCAUCCGCAUCCUCGGCGGCAACCCCGGGAAAUUUACCCUUCAGGGCACCAACACCUACCUGGUCGGCACCGGCCCACAGCGGCUUCUCAUCGAUACGGGCGAGGGCAAGCCCUCGUGGAUCGCGGCGCUGAAACGGGUUCUCGAGCAGGAAAAGGCUUCCAUCUCAGCCGCCAUCAUCACACAUUGGCACCACGACCAUACGGGCGGCAUCCCACAGCUCGCCGCGGCAUGUGGCCUCGGCACCACCCCCAUCCUUGUGCACAAGCACCAGCCGGACGCGGGCCAGUUGGAGAUACGCGACGGCCAACGGUUCCUGGUCGAGGGCGCCUCCCUGACGGCGGUGCACACGCCGGGCCACACAACCGACCACGUGGUGCUGCUCUUUGAGGAGGAGGACGCCAUGUUCACGGGCGACAACGUCCUGGGCCAUGGGACGGCCGUGUUUGAGGAUCUGGCGGCCUACACGGCCAGUCUGGAGAAGAUGGGCCGCCUCUUCGGCGGCAGGGCGUACCCCGGCCACGGACCGGUCGUGCAGGACGGGCCGGCAAAGGUCGCUGAGUAUAUCAGGCAUCGGCAGCAGAGGGAGGAGCAGGUUGUGCAACGGCUGCGGUCGAGGAAUGAUGAUCCUGGGGCGUCGGCGACGGUGCAGGGAGAUGGCGCGGGAAAUGCAUGGACGGUGAUGCAGCUGGUCAGGUCAAUCUAUUCGGAUGUUCCUGAAAGUCUUCACCCCGCAGCGGCUGGCGGCGUUGUGCAGAUUCUCCGGAAACUGGAGAAAGAGGGGAAGGUUACUGUGUCGGACGAUGGUGAGAGGUGGCGACUGGUGCCUUCAAGCCGAUCCGCUUUAUGA